AACAAAAACAACAUAAGGGAAACACGAAAGGCUAAAAGCAAGGAACUUUCAAUGGUCUCUUUCAAAGGGGUAGGAGAUAAAACGUUAUGGUUUCUGGGUUCCUUUAGUUUGGUCAUUUGUUUUCAUUGAAAAAGUACAAGAGAUUUCAAGAGUUUUUGUAACAAAACGACAAAGAGAGUAAUGUGGUUGCCAAAGAAUCAUUCUGACAAGAAGGAUGGUGUGAAUGGAAUAGUAGCAGUGGCAAUAGAUAAAGAAAAGGGGAGCCAAUGUGCACUAAAAUGGGCUGUUGACAAUAUCCUCACCAGAAAUGCAACUGUAGUUCUCAUCCAUGUCAAGCUUCUCACACCUUCUCUUUCUUCAUCACCUUCUCUUUUCAACCCAAGGGCAGGGUUAUUUGGAAGUGGUGAUCAGAGUUCACCUGUAUGCAAAGAAUCCGAUGGCCAAAACAAAAACAUUUUCCUCCCAUAUCGUGUCUUCUGUACACGGAAAGAUAUACAAUGCGAGGACGUGCUACUAGAAGAUGUAGAUGUAGCCAAAGCUUUAACUGAAUAUGCUGCUCAGGCAGGAAUUGAGCACCUGGUUCUUGGCUGUUCAACAAGAACUGGUUUGCUCAAAUUCAAGGUAUCAGAUAUUCCAGGAAUAGUAUCAAAAGGGGCACCAGAUUUCUGCACAGUCUAUGUGGUUUCUAAAGGAAAGAUUCAAUCAAUGAGAUCUGCUUCUCGUCCUGCUCCAGCCAUUAGCCCUCUAAGCAACCAGGUCAGUCAAGCUAGUAUCAAGUCAGACCAAUCAGACUCAACUGAGCCAUUGACUAAUAGUGUGAAAGAACCUGCAAGGAGAUCCAUUGAGACACCACCACGUAAAUCACUGGAUGGAACAGAAUCAUUCAGGUCACCAUUCACUAGGAAAGGUUACAUUGGAAGGCCUUAUGGUGAAACUUUAAAGACAGAUACUGACAUAUCCUUUGUAAGCUCUGGAAGGUCAAGUACAGACCGCAUGUCCAACCCUCGGUUUUCAUAUAGCUCAGACACAGAUGCAAGCUACAGCUUUGAGUCAAUGCAUUAUGGAAGGAAGUCUGCGGAAAUCAGCACUCCUCCAGAAUUCACAUCUCUUUCAUUUGAAAGUGAUAGGAAUUCAUCUUGUACAUCACAAGCCGUGGAUGACAUGGAGGCUGAAAUGAGGAGAUUGAAGUUGGAGCUCAAGCAAACAAUGGAAAUGUAUAAUACAGCCUGUAAAGAAGCACUCACAGCACAGCAGAAGGCAGUGGAACUUCAGCGAUGGAAAUUAGAGGAAGAGAGGAGAUUGGAAGAGGCAAGGCUCGCUGAGGAAGCUGCAUUGGCCGUUGCAGAAAUGGAGAAAGCCAAAUCUAGAGCAGCCAUUGAGGCUGCUGAAGCACAAAAGAGGAUUGCAGAACUGGAAGCACAGAAGAGACUUAAUGCAGAAAUGAAAGCACACAGAGAAUCAGAAGAGAAAAAAAAAGUACUUGAUGCUUUGGUAAAUGUAGAUGUCAGGUAUAGAAGGUAUUCAAUCGAGGAGAUUGAAGCUGCAACAAAUUUUUUUUCAGAAUCCUUGAAGAUUGGAGAAGGAGGGUAUGGUCCAGUUUUUAAGUGCCUUCUGGACCAUACACCUGUUGCAGUAAAGGUUCUACGUCCUGAUGCAGCACAAGGAAGGUCACAAUUCCAACGAGAGGUUGAGGUACUAAGCUGCAUAAGGCAUCCAAACAUGGUUCUGCUACUAGGAGCAUGCCCAGAAUAUGGUUGCCUUGUAUAUGAGUACAUGGCUAAUGGAAGCUUGGAUGAUCGCCUAUUUCGUAAAGGAAACACUCCCUCACUUCCUUGGCAGCUUAGGUUCAAAAUUGCAGCUGAAAUAGGCACUGGCCUGUUGUUCCUUCACCAGACAAAACCAGAACCACUGGUGCAUAGGGACUUGAAACCAGCAAACAUCUUGCUUGAUGGCAACUACGUUGCCAAGAUCAGUGAUGUAGGCUUGGCAAGGCUAGUUCCACCUUCUGUGGCUGACACUGUUACACAAUAUCGCAUGACAUCCACUGCAGGAACAUUCUGCUAUAUAGAUCCUGAGUAUCAGCAAACGGGAAUGCUUGGUGUGAAAUCAGAUAUAUACUCACUUGGGAUCAUUUUCUUGCAAAUGUUGACAGCAAGAACACCAAUGGGAUUGGCUCAUCAUGUUGAAAGUGCCAUUGAGAAGGGAGAUCUUACUGAGAUGCUUGAUCCAACAGUGCCUGAUUGGCCACAAGAGGAGGUCUUGAAUCUUGCAAAGAUGGCAGUUCAGUGUGCUGAAUUAAGGAGGAAAGAUAGACCUGAUCUUGCCAAGGUUGUCUUACCAGAACUCAACAGGCUAAGAGAACUUGCUGAAAAUAGUAAUAUAUUGGGUAACUCUAUAAAUCUGUCCCAUAGUAGACAUGUUUCUAUGCAGCUGGAUGGAAGCAAUCCUACAUUUUCUCACUCUGAGGAGAUUAGAAGAAACACAUCAGUCGGUGUCUGA